GGAGAAGGAGGAGAAGCUUUGGAGAAGAGCUCGAUUGGAGAAAUCGUUCGCCAGAAUGCCUAUCAUCGGGAAGAGGAAGAAGCGAGCGGCUCAGGACUCGCGGUUCAUGGGGGACCUACAACAGCAUGUUGAGAACGUCGGCUCCACUGAUUCGCAUCCCACCCUGAUGCCGAUUGGAUCGAUACCACCAUCGGCUCCCCCAUUGAUUGUACGGCCAUCUAGUAGCAUCUCUACUACGGCGGAAUCGGCAUCGGGCACCUCCAUUAACGCUCGAUGCAAACCUAAGAGUACCACAGAUCCGCCGCAUAAAAAGAAGCGGGGGUUUUGCUCUGGAAAGAAGGCGGAGAAAAUACGCGAAGCAACGGGAAAGAAUAUCAAGUUGGAUUACGACCCCAAGACAAAAGGACCUAGCAUGAGAGGGGUCAACAACAUGGUGGUGAAGGAAAUCAGAGGGGCCAUACAAAGUCACCAGUCAGAACAGGUCGACGUGUUGGAUAAGAUGCUCAAAAUUCGGAAAGGAAAGGAGAUUAGAGGGAUGGGACGAGCAGACAUGCGAGCCUCGAGCCAGUCGUCAAUGUCUUCGACCUUACGUACUCGUGCUCCUAGUAAUGAUGAGCGGGUUCGAGAGAUAACAGAGCAUUACAAGAAGAAAAUCCGAGAGGCAGAGGAGCGUGUCGAGCAAGCUGAGCAAAUAAUUGAGCGUGUCGAGCUACAAAUGAAGACGAUGAAGCAACAAAUGGCCUUAGUCUUCUCGACGCUUGGCUGGCAACCUCCUCCUCAAUGUCAAGCGCCGCAACAACCCUGA